AUGGACAUGUCUGGGAUGUCCGGAAUGGGCGGCAUGGACAUGGCCAUGACAAGCAUGUUUACGCCGACAAAUAAAAAGCUGGCGCAUCUGUACUGGUACUUGGUCGCUGCGGUUGUGGGCGUACUCGUUUUUCGAAGGCUGGUAGAUCGACUCAGAAUUCUUGUAAAUAAGCGAAAAUCACAACAGCAACCAGGACAAAUACCUGGGAGACCACAGAAUGCCCUCGAGCAACUCUACGACACCACCAUAGCCAUUUGCAGAGAGCUGGCAUACCCACAACUAUGGACGUGCACCGGCAGAUUUACCAGAUAUUUCACUCCCCCUUCCUUGGGGAGAUGUCUCCUGCUCCUCACCUACUGGGCCGUCAUCCUGACCAUGUUAUGGUCAAAUGUCCUCCUAACCCCCUCCUCGCCCAACUACGCCUACCGAUGGGAGAUUGUGGGCUUUCGCGCUGCUUGGGUUUCAGUCACCCAACUACCCCUGAUUUACAUUUUAUCUGGAAAGGCCAACAUCAUCACAAUGUUGACUGGCAUCUCGUAUGAGAGAUUGAACUGGUUACAUCGCUGGGUCAGCCGCACUAUUUUCUUGACCGUCAUCGUGCACUGGUCGUACUUUUUCACCGAGUGGUCCAUUGCCGACUUUGUGACCUUGCAGCUGAAAUGGAUGCCUAUGGUCAAAUAUGGAUUUGGUGCUUGGGCGACAUUAGGUUGGAUGGUCAUCACGGGAUUUGGCUUUUUCCGGAAUCUUUCGUACGAGCUUUGGUUCGUGCAGCAUCUCGCGGCAGCCAUGGUGCUGCUGUGGCUGGUCCACGUUCACGUCCCUUCAUAUGCGCAGUACAAUGUGUGGUUUGCGGUCGGAGUCGUUGCCUUUGACCGGCUCGUCAGGACAGUCAUGUCCUUGGUCAUCAAUUUACAUCUCCUUCCCAACAAGCGGGACAGUGUUCCGUCCGGCCGACGUAUCGGAUAUGAUGCUGAGGUCAAGGCUCUUUCGGGCGAGUUUCUGCAGGUCAAAGUGCGAAACGUCGCAAUGUCGUGGCGGCCCGGUCAGCAUGUGUACCUGUCCAUCCCUCGUGCCGGAAUCUUCGAAGCACAUCCAUUUACCAUUGCCAGCAUCCCGAAAUCGGUAUCUGGAGAAAGCGGACCCAACACUAUUGAGCUAUACGUGAGGGUGCACAAUGGAUUCACCAAGAGGCUAUACCGUCGGUGUCAAAAUCAGUUGUCAUCCCGCACCUUUCUGUCAUUCAUUAGCGGACCGUGGGGAAAUCCUCCCUCUGUUGAGCGAUUCGAAUCAAUGGUCUUUGCGGCUACAGGGAAUGGCGUUUCUUUCACAAUUCCCAUUUUCCGACAAGCAGUUCUGACGAGUAACAACGUACGACAGAUUUCCUUCAUUUGGAUCUUCCGACAGGCGGAGCAACUCGACUGGUUCAAGGAGGAGUUACUCUCCGCAUGGGUGGCGGCACGACGGCGCAACAUCAAAAUAAACAUAUACGCUUUCAUUACCGGGCAUGGACAGUUGCGAAGCGUGUCGCCGUCGGAAUGCAACGCAUUGUUCGAGCCAAGAUCAGAUUCAAAUCAUUCAGUCCCAGAGAAACUACCAGACAACAAUCUCGACACGGCCGACAUACCAGAUAAUGCCAAGCUUUCUAUGCAAAAGGAAAUGGGAAGCGUGAGGGAGGACUCUGUCUCCUCGUCCUCUUCAGUAAAUGAGCAGCCCAAGAUACAGGUUGCCUACGGUCGCCCGGAUUUCGAUCUUCUCAUUCACCCAGUCGUGGAAGAGGCCUGGGGCGAGACAGGAAUCCUCGCUUGCGGUGGCAUUCAGUUUUCUGGGCAGUUGAGGAAUUAUGUGGCCAAGCUGUCUGAUGAGAGGGCCGUCCAUAAAGGCACGGGCGCUCAAGGAAUAUAUCUGUUUUCGGAGACUUACGGCUGGUGA